AUGGGGCCACAAACAUUACAGAUGAGGAAACCGACUAAACAUCACAGAAAUGAUGAAACCGACUACACACCACAGAAGUCUGAAAGACCAAAAGAUGUCACACUAACACAUGGGGCCACAAACAUUACAGUCGAGAAAACCGACUACACAUCACAGAAGUCUGAAAGACCAAAAGAUGUCACACUAACACAUGGGGCCACAAACAUUACAGAUGAGGAAACUGACUACGCACCACAGAAGUCUGAAGGACCAAAAUAUGUCACACUAACCCAUGGGGCCACCAACAGUAGAGAUGAGGAAACCGACUACACAUCACAGAAGUCUGAAAGACCAAAAGAUGUCACACUAACACAUGGGGCCACCAACAUUACAGAUGAGGAAACCGACUACACUUCAUGGAAGUCUGAAAGACCAAAAGAUGUGACAUUCACACAUGGGGCUACAAACAUUACAGAUGAGGAAACUGACUACACACCACAGAAGUCUGGAAGACCAAAAGAUGUCACACUAACACAUGGGGCCACAAACAUUACAGAUGAGGAAACCGACUACACAUCACAGAAGUCUGAAAGACCAAAAGAUGUCACACGAACACAUGAGGCCACAAACAUUACAAAUGAGGAAACCGACUACACAUCACAGAAGUCUGAAAGACCAAAAGAUGUUACACUAACACAUGGGGCCAUAAACAUUACAGAUGAGGAAACCGACUACACAUCACAGAAGUCUGAAAGACCAAAAGAUGUCACACUAACACAUGGGGAUACAAACAUUAGAGAUGAGGAAACCGAGUACACACCACAGAAGUCUGAAAGACCAAAAGAUGUCACACUAACACAUGAGGCCACAAACAUUACAAAUGAGGAAACCGACUACACAUCACAGAAGUCUGAAAGACCAAAAGAUGUUACACUAACACAUGGGGCCACAAACAUUACAGAUGAGGAAACCGAGUACACACCACAGAAGUCUGAAAGACCAAAAGAUGUCACACUAACACAUGGGGAUACAAACAUUACAGAUGAGGAAACCGAGUACACACCAGAGAAGUCUGAAAGACCAAAAGAUGUCACACUAACACAUGGGGCCACAAACAUUACAGAUGAGGAAACCGAGUACACACCACAGAAGUCUGAAAGACCAAAAGAUGUCACACUAACACAUGGGGGUAACAAACAUUACAGAUGA